AUGAAGGAAAGCGUCGAACUGAUCAAGAAUUCGCUUGAGAAAUUGCUGGCAACUCCUACCUGUUACGCACCGGUAGCAGACCAAGACCACGCUAUGCCGAAGGAAGUGGCACAGGAAAAGACAAAUUCCAAAGACUGGACAGCGGACACUACUUCGGAACAUCAAGAUCCUGUGGGACGAAGGAAUGUCGGAGAGGAGGAAGUUGAAGAAGACUCAGCUCUAUAUGACGAAUACGAAUGUAGAGAGCAGAAGGAGGCAUGCGGAAGGACUUCAACUUAUACCAACGAGAGAAUUCGACAAAAAAAGGAGCGUAGAGAACAACUAGAUAAACGAAGAGACAAGAUCGAGGAAUUCCUGAGAUAUAGUAGGGACGUACCAGAAAAUAAAAGCAAAAUUUGUUUACUCUCGGUGGGAAUGCCCAAACAAAGAGCAUUCGAAUAA